AAUUAUUCUUCUUCAGAGCAGAUUCGUAAAUUAUUAUUUUUUUAAACAGGCAAACCACCUCGCUCUCCAUCUUCUUCCAUCCUUCGUGGUUUUUCUUCUACCGCCGACAAUCUCACCAUCCAUGGCGACCUCGUCGAUGCAGAUCCAUGUACUAGGCUCCUCCGGCGCCUUCCCCUCCUCUAAGUUGCCGUUCUCACGCUUUCCCGCUUCUUCCAAUUCCCUCUUCUUCGGCCUCCGCCGACCGAGUGGAGUUCGACUCGCUUCAGGGCGCCCGGGGCAUGGGGCCGGAUAUAGGCCUUUGCGAGUGGUAUGCGAGAAGGUGGUUGGGAUCGAUCUCGGCACCACUAACUCGGCCGUCGCCGCCAUGGAAGGAGGCAAGCCGACUAUAGUGACCAACGCUGAGGGUCAGAGAACGACUCCCUCAGUGGUGGCCUAUACGAGGAACGGAGAUAGGUUGGUGGGGCAGAUUGCCAAGCGCCAGGCAGUUAUCAACCCCGAAAAUACAUUUUUUUCAGUGAAGAGGUUCAUUGGACGGAAGAUGUCGGAAGUGAACGAAGAGUCGAAGCAAGUCUCUUAUCGGGUCUCGAGAGAUGAGAAUGGAAAUGUCAAGCUUGAUUGCUCUGCCAUCGGGAAACAGUUUGCUGCUGAAGAGAUCUCAGCUCAGGUUUUAAGAAAGCUCGUGGAUGAUGCAUCCAAGUUUUUGAAUGACAAGGUUACAAAAGCCGUGGUUACUGUUCCUGCUUACUUCAAUGACUCUCAGAGGACAGCUACAAAGGAUGCUGGGCGUAUUGCUGGUUUAGAGGUCCUUCGUAUCAUUAAUGAGCCAACAGCUGCAUCAUUGGCUUAUGGAUUUGAAAAGAAGAACAACGAAACUAUUCUGGUAUUUGAUUUGGGUGGUGGCACUUUCGAUGUUUCAGUUCUAGAGGUUGGAGAUGGUGUUUUUGAGGUGCUUUCAACAUCUGGGGACACACAUCUUGGUGGUGAUGAUUUUGACAAGAGAAUUGUCGACUGGCUUGCUGCUGGCUUCAAGAGAGAUGAAGGAAUUGAUCUUUUGAAAGACAAACAAGCCCUUCAGAGAUUAACUGAAACUGCUGAAAAGGCUAAGAUGGAGUUGUCCUCCUUGACUCAAACAAACAUGAGUUUACCUUUUAUCACGGCGACUGCUGAUGGUCCCAAGCAUAUAGAGACAACACUAACAAGAGCCAAAUUUGAGGAACUCUGUUCAGAUCUUCUUGACAGGCUAAGAACCCCUGUUAAUAAUGCAUUGAAAGAUGCAAAACUCUCAUUUAAGGAUUUAGAUGAGGUAAUCCUUGUUGGUGGGUCAACUCGUAUCCCAGCAGUUCAGGAACUUGUGAAGAAGAUGACUGGGAAGGAUCCUAAUGUCACUGUCAAUCCUGAUGAGGUUGUUGCUCUUGGUGCUGCCGUGCAGGCAGGAGUAUUGUCUGGGGAUGUCAGUGAUAUUGUGCUUCUUGAUGUCACACCGCUGUCCAUUGGUUUGGAGACAUUGGGUGGGGUCAUGACAAAGAUUAUUCCGAGGAACACAACAUUACCAACAUCCAAAUCAGAAGUCUUCUCUACAGCAGCAGAUGGUCAGUCAAGCGUUGAGAUAAAUGUUCUUCAGGGAGAAAGAGAGUUUGUGCGAGACAACAAAUUGCUCGGCAGUUUCCGUCUGGAUGGGAUCCCUCCAGCACCUCGAGGGGUUCCACAGAUUGAAGUCAAGUUUGACAUCGAUGCCAAUGGAAUCCUGUCUGUCACUGCUGUGGACAAGGGCACUGGAAAGAAACAAGAUAUCACCAUUACUGGGGCUAGUACUUUACCUAGUGAUGAGGUGGAAAGAAUGGUUAAUGAAGCUGAGAAAUUUGCCAAAGUGGACAAGGAGAAUAGGGAUGCCAUUGACACAAAGAACCAGUCUGAGUCUGUUAUUUACCAGACUGAGAAACAACUCAAUGAGCUCAGAGAUAAGGUGCCUGCUGCGGUCAAGGAGAAGGUUGAAGCAAAGCUCAAGGAUCUCAAAGAUGCUGUUGCAAAUGAAUCAACACAGGGUAUGAAGGAUGCAAUGGCCGCUCUGAACCAGGAGGUGAUGCAGCUUGGUCAGUCACUAUACAACCAACCAGGUGCGGCUGGCGCUGGUCCAGCUCCUGGAGCUGAUGCUGAUUCUGCAGGAACAUCUUCCAAGGGAGCUGAUAAUGAUGAUGUGAUCGAUGUCGACUUCACAGAUAGCAAGUAAAGGUUGGUCCAGAUAUGUCAAAAGCAUUACCAAGGUGGAUCAAUGGAUUUAGGUUACUAAAAUUCAAACUUUUCACCCAGUCCAUGAGGUACAUAUAUAUACGUGCAUUAAUAAGGUUGACUAUGUUCCAGUAAAUUUCCUAUUGCAAAUCAGUUAAUCCGGAAAUAUCAACUUUAGGAACACUUGGGUUAUUUGCCAACAGAAUCUGUGGGGUUUCAGCAACCCAUAUGCACUUGAGAUAUUGCAUUUCGGAUUUAUUUUCCUUUUGAUAGGAAAUGCUGCAUACUAUUCUUGACGUCCAUUUAAUUUGUUUCAAAUAUGAUAUUUAGUAAUGUACUGAAAUCAAGUUCCUUCCGUUGAGGUUUAAUUUUCUUUAAUGGAUGAAUUGGAGGAAAUUGUGUAUUCA